GAGCUCUAGAGCAUCUGAUAAACAUGUUCCGACUCCUGCUGCUGUUUAUUCUACACCUCCUGAUCGGUAUCUGUAGACUCUGUGUUCUUCAGGAGAUCUCAGCUGAUCUCAGAUCUGUGUCUCCUGGAGAAAUCAUCACCCUGCACUGCAGCAUCUCUACAGAUUAUGAGAUUUCAUGGUUUCAUCAGAACUCUGAGCAGCAGAUGAAGCUGCUGGUCUCUGCUGCACGAGGAAAACUGGAUAAAUCAUUUUCAUACAGUUUUAAUGUAAAUACAGAUCAUUAUGAUAUCAGUGAGAACAGCGGUUCAGUGAGUUUAGUGAUUAAAGGAGUUAAUGAUACAGAUCUGGGACUGUAUCACUGUGGAGGAAGAAACAACUCAUCAUUCCUACAGUUCAGGAAACCAAUCAAACUCACCUUUAAUUCAGAUGAGAUUAAUAAUAAAUCUGAAGUACAGCGUAAUCUGACGGAGCCGGUGAUUAGGGAUAACUCUGCAGGGUGUGGGUUCUCCUGGACUGUGGUUCUGGUUCUGACGUGUAUCUGUGUGAUCUGUGUUCUGAUGAGCAUCCUCUGUAUCUGUGGAUUCUUCUGCAGGAUGAAACACGGAACAACAACGCCGUCUUGCAGCUGCUGCCGCAAAACAAGAGAAAAGGAAGUGGAGUUGCAGUACGCUACGCUGUCUCAUGAAAAACAGCCCAGAUCUGGAACAGCAGUAAAUCCAGCAGCUUCUGCAGAAACUGUGACCUACGCCCGAGUUUCAGCACGACUCAGCGGAAAUUCACACGACUGAAGCACAAAAACUACAUUUAAAGUGUUACUGCUUUGUAAUGGAAGUUAUUUUGUUUUGUUUGCAGUCGGCUAUAAUGCUAAUUUUACUAGCUAGCAGCACUAAAACACCAAACCUGCAGCGUUUUCAAAAGUUUCUAAAAGUGAAUACCGAUUUUUUUGCACUAUAAGGUGCACCAGUUUAUGAGGCAUGCUAUCAGUAAACAUAUAUAUUUUGGUCUAUUUUCAUUCAUAAGGUGCACCAGAGUAUAAGGCACAAUAAGCAACAGUAGUAAGGAACAAGGGUCUC